AUGUUCAUCUUCGUGACUUAUAAAGAUGCUCCCGAGCUAUCCUACAUCCGGAGACGUUCCUCCGAGACAGACUUAGCUCAGGAGAAGGUGUUGUUGGUCAACCCCAACUGCCCAGUCAGGGUUAUGUUGGAGUAUAUCAGGAAAAGCUGCAAGCUAGCAUCGUUCACAGUGUUCGACCUUUGCGACGAAACUGGCUGCCUCAUGGGGCUGUUCAGCUUGCCCACUUACGCGUACGCCACCGAGCGCUUCGUCCACAAAAAGGUCUACUACCUCAUAGUGAUGAGACAGGACGGGGAUAAACGGGCAUCAGUGUUGCCACAGCUGAACCGUGAGAACAAAUUGUACCAGGACAUCAAAGCCAGGGUGAAGUGGUACUUGAUUAACGGGGAAAUUAGUCCCAUGAACCUGUCUCCGCCGGGCAAAAUAACCCCGCCGGCACCAGGAAAAGUUACGCCGCCUAAAUCGACCAAGAAGAAAUAA